CGUGGGGUCCGUAAACAAAGGGCAGAUAACUCUAUUGACAUUGCACCGGUUCUGUCCAUGAGGCCACGGUCACUGUCUACUGUUCUUGAAAACGCCUAGAAGAUUGAGUUCAGCACAGUGUCAUGAAUGUAACAGUGUAGCUGUAGGCUUUCAUUUAUGCAACGAGAAUGGAUGUUAUGGAAGCAUGGGUCACUGGUUUAGCAGGAGGUUGUGCAGGAAUGUCUGUAGAUGUCACUCUUUUUCCAUUGGAUACAGUGAAGACACGCCUACAGAGUGAGGUGGGCUUUGUUCAGGCGGGAGGAUUCCGAGGAAUUUACUCUGGUCUGUCAUCAGUCAUAGCAGGAUCAAUCCCCACUGCUGGUCUUUUUUUCUGUACCUAUGAAGGUGUGAAGGUUGUUGGGAGGAAAUACCUGAGGGAGGAUCUGGAACCUAUUCUUCACAUGACUGCAGCCUCAGCAGGGGAAGUGACGGCAUGUUUGAUACGAGUUCCUGUGGAAGUGGUUAAACAAAGAGCUCAGGCGACACGGUUCUCCUCCUCAUCAGUUCUGAGGGAGACACUCAGAUCAGAGGGUAUGAGAGGUUUAUACCGGGGGUAUGUCAGUACGGUGCUGAGGGAAAUUCCCUUCUCCUUUAUACAGUUCCCACUCUGGGAAUACUUCAAGAAAACCUGGUCAUCCAUACAAGGCAGCCCUGUGGAUCCCUGGCAGUCCUCUAUAUGUGGAGCAACUGCUGGAUGUAUAGCUGCAGGAAUAACUACACCACUAGAUGUCGCUAAAACUAGGAUCAUGUUGGCAGAGACUGGAUCUGCAUUGUCCACAGGAAGUAUUACCUUUGCCCUCAAGGCUGUGCAUAGAGAAAAUGGAGUUAGAGGGUUAUUUGCGGGGGUGGUGCCCAGGAUGCUGUGGAUAACAUUAGGUGGUGCCAUUUUCCUUGGAGUGUAUGACAAAGCCAAACUUGUUCUUUCCUCCAUCCUGAUAGAGCCGGGUUAAAAAACAUUGUCAUGUUUAGAAUAUUUACUUUUAUUUUUAAAAAGUAGAUUGGUAUAUAUAGUAACUAUGCUUCAGCCUUUAAGUGCAAAAAUGCACUUUUCUUAAAUUUAAGUGGUUAAGUUUUGCUAGAAUAAACUUAAGGUAUGUACAUACAGUGUAACGCCUAUUUACUGUAAAUUAAAAACAUGCCUCUUUGCAGUGCCAACAACAUAUAUACAGGUCCAUUCUUGGACUAUAAACUGUAGAUUUUAGUAAUAAAAACAAAUACAUGUACAUAUAUGAUUAAGUUUUUUACUGCAUGUUUAAAAAAUCUGUAUUUUUAAAUUGGAAAAUGUUUUGUCAUGAUCAUAUUCAAAAUACAGAAAAUUUGAAGUCCA